AUGAGGGAGAGAACCAUAAUUGCAUAUGCAGAUAUUGAAGGUCUCGCCACCAGCACGGUACCAGGACAAAUUAGUGCGUUGGCAUUCGGUCUGAUAGGCGAAGGUGAAGGUGUCCCCGUGGUCGCAAUGCUCGGACGAUUUCAUCCGUACGAAGGCUACCAGCUAUCUCAAGUGGUCUACCCCAUUCGCCUAUUGGCUUUAUUAGGAGUAAAGGACAUCAUAAUCACGAAUGCCGCUGGUGGCCUCAACCCGUCAAACCCUGUUGGGACAAUCGUCGUGGUUCACGAUCACAUUGCUUUGCCCAAUUUAACUGGACCGCUAAACGCACUACUAGGACCCGUCCUAACACCUCCUUUCGACACACGCUUCGUCCCCCUUUCUAAUGCUUAUUCAUUCUCACUCCGCAAGCUUGUCUUUAAGGCUGCUUACAACCUAGGCCUCCCUCGAGAUGCACUUGCCGAGGGGACGUAUGCAUGGGUUAGCGGCCCAACAUAUGAAACUCCUGCAGAGGGCCGAUUCUUGCGCAGCAUCGGUGCCGACGUCGUCGGAAUGAGUACCAUCCCUGAAGUGGUAGCUGCUUGUCAAGCAGGGUUGCAAGUCAUUGUUCUGUCAUUGGUAACUAAUGUAGUCGUAAUCCCUGAAACCUACGCCUCUCCGAGAGAAGAAUUUGAAGCAGAGGAAAGUGUUUUAUCCCUUCCAAUCCGGCUUGAGCAUCCUGAAAAUAUCAUAACUACAGCUCGCUGGGAGUGUUGGAAAGUCGGUCGCCAUAAAGCGGAAGUAAUGAAGCAGCUUGUCGAAGCAGUCGUGGUGGCACGAGAUGCCGAGAGAAAGCAGGCGACCUAGAGUUCUACUCGUUAUAAUGCCAUCCCUUACUAGAGUGCUCGCCUUGCUUCCCCGGCCCCUUCGAUGUAUAAGAGCUUUCCUUUGUCUAAUCUUUCAUCUUACCACUUCCUUCGUCAUCAUUCUUAUGUCUUAUUCAUCUCCCCUCCUAGCCUCGCUGCCGUACUCGAACAGUGAGUGGCAUGCAUGAGUGAUUGAAGAAAUAACCGAAAUAACCGAAAUAAAUGAAUGACGGAGAAAAUAUUCGCACGGUCAGAAGUUACGUAAUUGUGGGCUGGGGAAGUGGCUCUGCCGUGCAGAUAAUUUGUACUCUAUUUGUUAUCCCCGUUAUCAGGUGGCAGUACGUGCAUGAGGGAAGGGGGCGGCAGGCCCCGGGGCGGUAGUGGCGGUGGCAGGCCUCGCGGUGGUAGCGGCGGUGGUAGGCCUCGCG